UCACCCGAGAUGACUGGUCGUGGCAAAGGAGGUAAAGGACUCGGCAAAGGAGGAGCCAAGCGUCAUCGCAAAGUCUUGCGUGACAACAUCCAGGGUAUCACCAAACCAGCCAUCCGUCGUCUUGCUCGUCGUGGCGGUGUUAAACGCAUUUCUGGUCUCAUCUACGAGGAGACCCGUGGUGUUCUGAAGGUGUUCCUUGAAAACGUCAUUCGUGACGCUGUAACCUACACCGAACACGCCAAGAGGAAGACCGUGACGGCCAUGGACGUCGUUUACGCUUUGAAACGCCAGGGUCGCACUCUGUAUGGUUUCGGCGGUUAA